AUGCAAUCAGUUAAGCCACAAGGUCCUUUAAAACCUCGACGUGUUUCGCCAGCAAAUUCGUCGAAACCCGAAGGUGCCUGGCAAGAAGAGGAGUCGUUGGAGAUCUAUAAGAGAAAAACUACACAGAGACCACCUAGCGACGACUCGAAGGAAAUCAUUCGACUUGUUAAACGACAUCCGAGACGUCAGAUUGAAAGUGCGGACGUUCACGAAAAAAAGAGCACUGACCAGCGUAGAACGGUAGCGCUAGUGAAACUCGUUGUCCGUUAUCCAUCAAAGCACCUUGAUAUCACCGAACAUGGAUGGAUGGAGUCCAUUACUUCUAUAAAGGGUCGGUGGGAACUCUGUGCUGUUUUAAGAUCGGGUGAAGAACUUUUCGAGACGGUCUCACCUCGUCGGGAUUCGCCGCGCGAGAUCAUUUUGCUCGAACCGGUUCAAUUCAGAGAACACUCUCCAGAUUCGCUUUACGAUGAUUACACCUUAUACAGGAUGGAAGAGUAUGUUGAUGCGAGCAGCGAUAUUUGUUCGAAAGGAAAGGAGCCAGUCUACUACACCGUUGAAAAAACUAAGAAGGAUGUCUGCCCAAAAGAAAAGGAACCCGUUUACUACACUGUCGAAAAGUCUACGAAGCAUGAGAAACGUACCGAGGAGCAGGACGUCAUCGUAGAAGAAUGCCUUUCUCCUGCAAAAGAAAUAGAAACCACUUCACUAACCAAGUACCAAUUCGAGGAACAAAGCGAUUUGGCGGAGCGAUUGAGUACCAAGAGCCAUCCGAUCGCAAGGCCAACUCCUUUUGAAGUCUGUUCCUAUCGACCACCACUACCUCCUAUUGCUGAUACCAUUAGCGAAGAAGUAGAGAUCGAGAGAACAUCGGAUGUUGAGCGAUCCGAGAGAGCCUGCUCUCAGUGUGGAAAGGACGAAAAAGGUCAAACUCCGUUACUCGACAGGACAGUAUACUACGAGCGAGAAAUUGUGGGCAGGACACCAGAGGACAGCCAUGUGCCAACGCGUCAGACGUACUUUGUCGACGAGGACAUCAUCGACACAAACAAAAAGGUGGACAGCGUGCUGCGAGGUCGGGAGACUAAAGAAAGUUCGCGCCUAUCUAUUCCUGACCUCGUGGAGAAGAGACGAGAAGAACGCAGCAGCGUAGAAGAGUAUAGGCGAAUUCAAAAGGAAAAGUCCGAAUUUACAGAGUCACCAAAAGCCACGUCGGAGAGGCGAGAAGCGCCACAUUUCCGUGAAUCACCAGUGAGAACAUCCAGGGAUACGGACUAUAUCACAGAUUUUGAGAAAUACGAAAAAGCAACGUAUGGUCCACCUUCUCGUUCGGUGUCGAUGACACGAAGCUCUCGUACUGCCUCAAAUCACAGUCCGCGCUGUCAACAUCGGAAAAUAUCUCGUGAGCACGAGGAGUCUCUACGACAAGAACGGAGGACAAUACGUGACGUUCCAAUUCGUCGAGAAAUGAGAUACCCGCCAUACUAUCGCGAAGUUCCUCUCCAGAAACCCCGCUCAGAGAACGGCAGAUCAUCGUGUGAUGGCCGUUACGUCACGCAUCCAAUUCACGAGGUGAUAACCACGGAGAAAUUCGAAAGAGUCGAAAGAAUCCGGCGACGAUUUCCUGGUACUCUUGUUUAA